AACAAAAACAAAAAAAACACUUGCUCUGCAUUCUUAAAUUUACUUGGAUGCCAAUAGUUGAGUUAUGUUGUUUGUUUAACCCAAAAGCCAGCUGACGUGAUAUCAGCCACAUAAAGGCUUUGUGUAAUAUUCAUGCAUUUGGAAAUUGAGAAGCUGCCCUUGCAUGAUGGCGGAUGAGUGUGUCCGUGGGGCAGACCGCAACAUAAAUACACCUCACCAGCAGUGAAGCGUCGGCCAGUGGCGUGGACAUAUCAGGAAGAGAACACAAAUUCAUUGAAAUCAAAUUUUGGAGCGCUGUUUCUAGAAGAGACCGGGAGAGAGAAAAAAAGCCCCGGAAAGACCCGCUCGUUUCGUCAUUUUGAGAUCCGAAGGGGAGGAUUUCUUCAUUCCCAGAAAAUUUCUCCGCAUGACCCGCAUCAUUUUGGGAGGUAACAAAGUGGAGCCGCCGCGUCUUUCCUCAUUCACAAAAGACAGAAUGUAACGGGCGCUUUGGUCGCAGUCUCCCGGAGCUCAUGUUUGUGUGCGCGAUUGUACCCUUGUUUGGAAGAAUUCAAGAAAAGCAGACAAGGAAGGAGAGGAAGUAGAACAGAGCAGUUGACUCCUGCGAGCUCUGCACCACAAGUUCCCUUAGCUGCUGCUGAGCAGACGUGGAGUCAUGAGUUGUCAGGAGGUGCCGAACCCCAGCCAGGAGCCCAAGGACACGGCUGUUGUCCCCACAGAGGCUGGAGCAACACAGGCGGUCCCAACAACGUCUCCAAAGCUGCCCUCAGUGAGCGUGAAGACCGAGGUGGCGUCCCCCGAGUCUGUGGCCAGUAACGGCAAAGCGAGUGACGGAAACAAUCCCGCGGAGAUCUGCGUUGUUUUGGGAAGCUCUCGCAACUCUCAAACACAAGGCUCUUACGUUUGUGGAGUAUGUGGUAAAAAGUACAAGUACUACAACUGCUUUCAGACGAACAGAAUCAUCAAAUUUGACACAUUUCAAUACCAACUUAUAUAUCUGUUUGCAUUGUGUGUGGUUUCUUUCUGUUCAGAGACUGAGGCUGCUGCUUCUGGAGAAGGAGCAUCUCUGGGAAUCAAUAGUUCUUUCCGCUAUACGUGUGACGUAUGUGGGAAAAAAUACAAGUACUACAGCUGUUUUCAGGAGCACAGAGACCUCCAUGCAGUGGAUGAUCCGUUUGACCAUGUGAUACCAGUGGAAGACCUUAAAGAGGAGACUGAAUCCUACCAGAAAAUGGGACCAAAAACGGGAAGCUACACGUGUGAGUUCUGUGGAAAACAAUACAAAUACUUCAACCCCUAUCAGGAACAUGUGGCUCUUCACGCGCCAAUAAAAGGAAAUUACAGUCUUAAAAUGGAAGGGAAAAUGUCUAGCCAGGCAGGCCAGCCCAGUCGUGCUGACAUCAACAAUUCCCAGAACUCAAGUGAUACUCCAAACAGCCGGACUUAUUCUUCCCGUCCCAGCCCUCAGAAAACCUACUCGUGUGGAGCCUGUGGAAUUCAGUUCCAGUUCUACAACAACCUCCUGGAGCACAUGCAGUCCCAUGCUGCUGAUAAUGAGAACCAUGUUAAAGAUGAGUCUCCAAAGCCUUGCCAAGCGCCUGUGGCCACACAGGACCAGAUGUGGAAACCUCCUCAGCCAUCACAACAGAGGAACCAUGUACCAUCUUUUCAGAGCAGAUUACUCCCGGAAAAGGAGAGACAACAAGUGGCUGAACGUCUGCUGAGAGUAAUGUGCGUAGACCUCAGCCUUCUUGGCGUCCUCAGCAGCAAAGACUUCCUGAAGCUUGCGCAGACCCUAGUGGACACAGGUUCACGUAAUGGGGCCUACUCCAUUCGUGAAGCCCUUGGAGAUAUGAGCUCGCUGGCAUUAAAACAGCUGCCCCGUAUGUACAAUCAGGUCAAAGUGAAAGUUACCUGCGCCCUGGGGUCCAACUCUUCCUUGGGUAUUGCAGUGACCUGCCAUUCCCAGACUAUAGGGCCAGACUCCUGCUAUUUGCUUACAGCAUAUCAAGUAGAGGGUGUAAAACUCCGACGCUACGUGCUGGGACUCAAGGAGGCGUCUUUAAGGGAGAGUCCUGAGCAGAUACACCACUGGGUCCAGAAUGUUCUGUCAGAGUUUGUCAUGUCAGAAAUCCGAACAGUGUAUGUAACAGAGCCGCGCUUGUCUUCGUUAGCCUUUUGCGGUCGAACCGGAAUUGGCCUUCGUUGCGCAGGUUGCUCUCUAACAGCCACGGUUCAGGCUGUUCUCGGUCGCCGCAGCUUGCAAGCACGAGGGCUCCAUGAACUAGGAGAGCUUCUGGCUACCUGUCGCGACAUUGUUGCGACGACUAGCUUCAGUCAUGAAGGGAAAACUGGGGAAGAGCCUGCCACACCACCCUGCUGGGAUGCAGUAGCAGAGGCCUUGCUCAAGGUUCAUGAGAACUUUGAGGCCACCUGUGAAGCAUACGGCCGUUCGAAGAGCACUGUGCCGCUCUUGCAAGGCCUGAACAAGCACCUGCUUGGCACGCUUGCAUGUUUGCUUGCGCCACUAAGACAGGCAGCACAGGAGCUGAGUGUGGAACGCUGCCCCACACUCCAACACGUCUUUCCCGUCUACCUCCGUCUCGAAAAACUUUUCACCUCCAAAGCCGGUGAAGCAGGGGCUGGCAGUAAGCUUUGCCACUACUUCCUGGAAGCCCUGAAGGAGAACUUCAAAGUGGAACGUGUCCAUCAAGUCGCAAUGAUCCUGGAUCCACAGCUGAAGCUGCGGCCAGUCCCUGCAUACCAGCACGAGGACAUUAUCUCAAGGGUGUGUGACAUGGCUGCUAAUAUGAGGGAAGCCGGAAGCGGUGGUUCUGGGGGUACGUCUGUGGAUGAGCGGGAUAGUGAAGGACCGUCAGCACCCAAGCGUGGCCGUCUGGACUGUGGAUUGGAGAGGCCAUCGUGUGAUCCUGAAGAGCCACAGGUACGAAAAGAGUUGUUCCAGUACCUCGGUGAACCACUUUUUAAUGGCACAGGUGACCUGUUGCAGUACUGGAGCUCAGUCAUGGACAGAUACCCCAAGCUGUCGAGGUUAGCGCUGUGGUUGCUGGCUGUACCGGCUGUAGCUGUGCAUGGAGAGUGCAUGAGCAUCUGCGAGCAGACCUUAGCCAUGAAGAGAAAGCAGCAGGUCACUGUGGAGGAGAUGAACAAGCUGGUCUUCCUCAAGAGUAAUUUUGCUUGAGACGGCUCAGGACUUUUUAAGCUAAUGGCACCAUAGACUGUUUGAAAUGGAGACUUUUUGAAUCGGAUGUACCGGUCACUUCACAUUACCCCUUCCAAAAAUCUGAUUUACAGUAAGUGUCUAUCAGUGAGGCACAUGAUAGAGAUUUACUAAGGGAAGGUACAUUGACAACUUCACAAUUCACAAACACCCCUUCAGACUAUAUAGUAGCUUGGCAUAGGCAGUUGCAACAAAAGAAACUCAAUGAAGAUUACAGUCUGCCCGAGGACACGGACGUGAACUUGUGUGUUCGAUGUUUCAGUUGAACUGCUACUUAAAAUUGUGAUGGUGUUUUAAUCAGUAUGUGGUUCAUCCAUCUGUCUUUUCGUUCUGUGGAAUCCAUCUGAAAUCCAGUCGAUGGAUUACUGAAAUCAUACACGACAUACUUUCCAUCUAGCGAAGGAAAAAAUGGGGUACUUAGAAAAAGCCAUUUCUUUGCAAAUACGCCUUUAGAAAAACCACAAACACUCUUUGCUGUGACAUCUGAACGAUACCUCUCUUUUGCGGUUUAUCAGAGGGCAGAUCAAGCUUGUAGAGGUGUAAGUCCUGAUUCACUAAUCUCAGUUAACCGGACGAGUGUGUUAACCCUCAGGAGUGCAAGGCCAGCAGAACUCAAAUGUAUACUAGGAUCAUAUAGAUAAACAGUUUUACAAUUAUUUAUUUUAUUUCAUUUUGUCAGUUCUCACAAUAACGUUGCAAUAAAUGUUCCGUAGCAGAAGUUAUACUGUCAAGCUGACUUAGAUGCCUUGCACCUUUGUAGCAGCCUUUUUUUUUUUUUUUUUUUUUUAUUACAGCUCACUGGGAUAAUUUAUUUCUACAAUACAAUCUGCAAUACCUGAAACAGCCACUUAAACCCCAAGAUUGGAUCCCCAAUAACAUUGGGUCACGGAAGUAGGAAAGAUCUGAUAUUGUGUGGUUCUGGUCCAGUAGAUCAGAUUUCUUUCUUUUUUUUUCUGUUCUUGUUUCUGAAAAAGUGAAAAUAGGGCUACGAAAUGCAGAAACUGUCUGUCUCUCACUGUCUCAGUACAAACCUCCUUGAACAGAGGCAGCUAAUUGCAUUAUUGUUUGAAUGCAUUUUUAAGAGGAUAAAGCUAAACAAAUAGUUUUUUAUUUAUGCACUGGAUUCCUCUUACCAUUAUUUUCAUCAUUUAUCUGCAGCAGGUUAUUAGAUUAGCGAUAACAUUAACUAGAGAAAACAUUGCCUAGAUUAGGACCAAAGUAUCUUUUAAAAGUAGUUUGUCAUUAUGAAUAAUUGCCAUUUCCGAACAGAUUUGUAGAGUUCUCUCAUAAUACUCAUGCUUCCUCAUAACGGUUUCGCCCUCAUAAGUGUCCACUGCCUUUAAACAACUGUUCUUUUCAAAUUGUUCUAGUAAACAAACAGAAGGAACAAUUUUCACUUCCAUUAUAAAAAGAAAUGAUCUUCAAAAGUAUUUUGCAGUAGUUUUUCCAAGGAGAGAUGUGAUUUAGUAUUAUAUAGUUUGUCUUGUAAUGCCUGGAAUAUCUUUGUGUGAUUAUACAGAUAUAUGCAUGCAGACAAUAUAAGAAUGUUUUUUUUUUUUUUUAUUAUUAUUAUUAUUUUUAUCUUUAAAGUGGCAGAGAUCUACAAACAAAUAGUAAACAUUCAAACAACAGCAGAAAACUGUUGUCAGUCCUCUUGAGGUUUUGUUCAAGCACAGAUCUGUUAUAAAAGAGUUAGCCACAUUCUGUAACUAUAGUGAUUGACAGAUUUUCAGGAGUCACAACCAAAUUUUGAGGGUUGAGUUAUAUAUGCUGUAGGACUGAAAUGGCAGUGAAGUAGUCUAUCACAUCACUGAAAUGGGUUAGCAUGAGGUGUGCGCUUAGGGCUGUCAACCUCUCUCAGGUUAUGUAAAAUGGUGGUAUUGUGUAGUGAGGGAGAAAGAGAGACAAAAUUCUUAAUUAUUUAGGAAAUGGGCCAAUGUGAAAGGGGACGUGGACGGAACCAGAGAGUUCUUGUCUUCACCACAUAUAUGAACAGUCCCUAAAAAAAAUCUGAAAUCCUUUUAUAGUCUAUUGACUAUCAUUAUCUGUUCCUAUGGUUACCGGCAAUAUUUGCUGUAUGUAGAAAGGGACUGACUUUGAAUAACUGUAUAGACAUUAUAGGCACUCCUCUGUUGUUGUAGGUACAAGACAGUUUGAGAAUCACACAUGCUAGUAAAUACGGUUGUUAAUCCCAAACACUGACGUACACACCACAGAAUUUUGGAUUGCUAUGAUAAGCACCACAAACUCCCAUUUUGGCAUUUCGUGGCUGUGAACAAGAAAUGUUUGACAACAGUUUAACCUGUUUGGUGUCCGCCAUGUUUGACCAAAGAUUAGCGACCAAAGACACAUUGUGUUAUUGUGCAAUUUUACCUAAACCGCCGUUGAUCACUUGCUGUUUUAUGCUUGUGACGCUGAUGCUUUUAAACAGCACACUCUCUGCAGUGUUGUCUUUUCUGCUUAUUAUAACCUACUUUGUGCUUUUGGGUAUUCCAGUAAGAUCACUAAAAAUGUGAGCAACAUACAGUUUUUAGGGUUUUAUUAUGUUUGUUUUGCCAUAGUGAAAGACUGGUCAAAAUGUAGGAAUGAGUCAAGACGCAUAGGCCUACCUCUUUUCCUGUGCUUUCUUCUAUGAGAGCUAGGGCUGUGCAAAAAAUCUAAUGUGAUUUUCAUUGGCAUCUCCUCAGUAAAGCCGCUCCUGUAAUUAGUAGUGUAUGUCCAGCAUGUGCGUUCAGAUCAGGGUUGCCAGGUUUUCAGAACAAAUCCUGCCCAGUUUCUUCUCAAAACUAGUCUAAAACUAGCCCAAUCGCGAUUCCAGGAGGUUCCCCGAUAAAAAUUGCGUCCCGGGGUUAAAAUACACAUUUUUUUGGCAGGGUUUCCUUGGUGAAAAUUUAGGGGCUAAAUAUCACGUUAUUGGGAUGGAAAAACAACCUCGGACUUGGCAACACUGGUUCAGGUGGAGCGGCAUUUACUACACAGAGCUGUAGUUCACGGACAAGCUACACAUAAUCGCUUUCAAAAUCAACAAAGAAUCGCCUUCGAUUUUGAAAUCGAUUUUGUGUAGAUUGUCAGUGUUGCCAAGUCCGAGGUUGUUUUUCAUGUCCGCGGGUCAAAGCGACCCCAAUCCCAGUAACGUGAUAUUUAGCCCUUAAAAAGCAAAUUUGACCAAUGCAACCCUGCCAAAAACAUGUAUUUUUAUCACCCGGAAGGAAAAGCGAUUGGACUAGUUUUGAGAAGCAAUUGGGCAGGUUUUGUUUUGAAUCUGCACAGCCCUAAAGCGAGCUACUUUAAUUUAAUGUUAAUUAGGGCUGCACAAUACUGUGAAAAAAUGACAUUGCGCUUUUGAUUUUUCUACGAUAUAUAUUGCGAUAUGAAAUGUAAUAUUAUUUUUUCUUACAACCAAAAAUGGGGUGAGCACACUUACAUUCUCAUUUUAAUUGAUUUAAACAUCGACAUCAUCGUGUCAAUUGAUUAAUAUGCGCGAGGGAGAGAGAGCAAGACGGCGCUAGUGUUGUUUGAAGACGGUGAGCGUGCGGCCGGGGCUCGCUUGCUCGCUCUCAAUCUCUCUCUCUCUCGUGCUCUAUCUCUCUCUCGUGCUCUAUCUCUCUCUCGUGCUCUCUCUCUCUCUCUCGCACUCGCUCUCUCUCUCUCUCGCGCUUUCUCUCUCUCUGUCUGUGCCCUGUUAAUCUGACAGGACUUAAAAAUGCAUGCAUAAUGUGUUUGAUAAACAUGAUAAGCUUUCACUCUAUGAUGGUUAAGAUGUGCAAUUAAUCCGCGAAUCACAUUCGUCAAGAGCCGGGGAGCAGCUGGCCCGUACAGUUAAUGAAUAACGGAUCAACUACGACAGCCUACAUCGCACAUCCUGCGAUGUGACUAUCGUGGAUUUGUACAUCCAGAUAUCGAUGCUUAAACGACACAUCGUGCAGCCCUAAUGUUAAUGCUGUUGUCACUACUUGAGCAUUUUUAAUGCCUCGUUCCCGACGAAGUCGAAGGCGGGAAACAGAAAUGUACCGCUUCCAACCUCAAAGCCUUCAGGUCAAUCACACGUCACUGUCAAAUCUAGCCCAUGACGGCGCUAUAACUCAAUGUAAGCAUCUUCACAAAAAUGUGCAAAAGUACUGAACACUAAAUGCUUGGGAGAUAUAUAUUUGUAUAUUAUGCAUUUGUGUAAUAUACAUCUUUGUAUACCAGAUUGUAAACUUCAUGUUGUGUCUGGCGCCGCCAUACAGACGCUUUUUAAGAUCGUUGUUACAUAACCUAAUGCUGGGUACACACCAAAAGAUUCCACACCCUUCCGACAAUCCUAGCUAUGUCCCAAUUACCUUGAUGGUUCUAAAGAUUAUCUCAUCAGAUUUUCCCUUGGUGUGAGGUGUGUUAAGAGUGUCCGAACCUGAACGGAAGAACGUCGGAGCCUCCCAGAUCGCGGAUCGUAAAUAUUCAACGUUUAAUAUUUACGAUCAGAAAUCCUUAUGUGUGGGGGGAACCCCGAGGACAAACACACACACGCACGCUCUGGAGAUUAUCACGUGAAUGGAAAAAAUAUCCAAUCAGAAAGCGAGAUGAUGGAAGACGGAAGCAUUCAUGGUGCAGCACAAAGUGAAAUUGAUGUGGACAGCAGAGAUUAUCAACUUGUUGAUUUGUGGCAACAGCACAAAUUUUUAUACCUGUCAUUUAUAAAAUCAUUUCAAACACAAUCAUUGCAAUUUCUUCCUGCAUAUCGUCCGCCAUGCUUAUUCUGAAGUCUUGCAAGAUUUUGCGAGAUUCCCUGUGUUCACAGUCGAGACUCUAGGCUUGUUUGAGAUGUGCCUUGCCUCGCCUGAAAUGUAGGCAAGACUAUGUGGCUGCAGUAAGGGCAGGGGUCAUAAAAGACCUUUAGAGUUGACACUUCCUGAAUCUCGCUGUUUUGUCGGCUGCAAACGUCAGCAAUGGAGAUCAUCGCGUUCACGUUUUUUAUCGCAGAUGAAGUGGAUGUAAUCAAAAUACCACUGUUUUUGCAUCAUGUGCAGAUCAUGUUCAUAACAUUUUUUCCAAACUAUGCAAGUCAAUGCUGUUUUGUAGUAAACAUUCUUCAGAAUUUCUUCCCUUGUUUUAAGACAGUCCCUGACACUUCUCAGAUGAAACCACACAAAGAUUGCAUAAUGAAAGCAUAAUAAAAGGGACAAAGAUAGCAUAAUAAGAGGCAUAAUGGCUAAACCGUUCAUUCAUGUAUAUUUUUAAUGGAUUUAUUUAUUUAUACACAGACACAUACAAUAGAAUAAAGUGAAAAUUACAAGAAGGAAUUCUAAUUACAAGAAAAAUUAAAUAAACGCAUGUCCUAAUUCUUAACUCCACUAGGCGUGUUUUGUUUUUGUUUUGUUCGCAUGUAAAUAUAAAUAAAUGAAUAAAUGGGUAAUCUAAUUCUUAGAAUAAAGAUAAAAUGUAUCAGUUGACAUUCUCAGCCAAUGAGCAUGAAGUUGUGUCGUCAGUCAGUCGUUUCCCAUCAGCACAGUCGGUGGAGAACAACUGCGCUCGACUGCUCAAUCCGACACAACUGCUUCGCCGUCGCGAGAGUUUUUUGGAACACGUCAGCAUGACAUCAGAGCAAAUCAGACGUAACUCGGACACUUUUCUAACCGGCAUGCAUCUCGCGGUGAUCACCGGUGUUCGGUUCUGCACAGAAAAUCUGUAUGUGGUGUGCUGUCUUUGUGACAUCAUGGCACAUCACACACUAUAGGAGCAAAAUGGUUAACUAGAAUCUUUUUUUUUUUUAUCCUCAUGUUUGUGGUCUAUCACAUUUUGAAAAUCGUAUAAGAUGUAAAAAAUAUUUUGCUGUGUACCCAGCAUAACCGUACUGAUGUCCAACUUUAAAUGCCAGUCCUGCCCCCCCACUCCCAUCCCCCGUGUUGGAGGUGGGAAAGGUUUCUGAUCUCUCUGAAUGCAAAAUAAGCCCUCAGGAGUAACAACCGUAUUUAUUUACAUUGUGUACGCGUCAUAGAACCUGAAUUGCUUAUUAGCUUAGUUCAUACAAAACUGAUCUGCUGUAGAGAAAAUCAGCAGGGACGCAUGUUGAUCGGACUUGUUACCUCUCAUACCCCAAAAUACAAAGUAUUAUACUGGCUAGCUUGUGCAGAAAUGUUCAUAUGUUAAAAUGACUUUGAUAAACCUGACCCAGAAAUAGAAAUAGCUGCUGCUGAAUAUUGUCGUCUUUCUCCGUAACCACAAGAGGGCAGAAAUGUCUCAGAAAACUGUCUUUGCAAAGAGUCUCCAAACACAUCUUACCUCUGUUUUCUAUUCAAGCAUUUCCGCUAUUUUGAUAAACUCAGUCUAUGAAUAUGUGAGACUUCAUGAAGGGUUUCUUUUCUUUCUUUCUUUUUUUUUUUUUGGACGAAUGUGUAAAUUGUUUUUGAGGAAACAUGAGAACUGGUCAAAUGCAACAUGCUUCUGAGCAGCAGUCAAAGUUUCUGUUGACAAAUACUAGUCUCUGAAAGUAUAAAACACUGUUUUAAUCCCAACUAUUUAUGGAUGCUCAAUUAGUAAUAUUUUUUUCUGUUUGUUUGAGUUUUUUUUUUUUUUUUUUUUUUUUUUUUCAGUAUUUUCCAGCCUACAUUUGUCUUUGACAGGCUUUUUUUUAUUUGUAUUUUAUUUUAUUGUUUUCCUCAGAUUUUGUGUAUUAAGUUGUUCAGCAGUAGGUCUAAUUUAUACUUUUUUAACAACACUAUUUUUCUAAACAUGACUGAUAGUUUUUUCUCUCCUUAUCAACUGUCAGUAGUACACUGCGCUGUUCUGAGAAUCUAUCUACUCCUGUAGUAUGUGCUGUGUGAAUAAAAUAUCCUCAAACAAGCAAAAAAAA